AUUUUACUUCAGUAAUUUAUUAUAAAAAACUCAUUAAUAGCCAACAUGUCCGGCAAAGGUGGCAGCGGUGGAUCAGUUGGUGGCAACGGAGGCAAAGGCGGCGGCGGGGGGGUUUCUCAUGGCAGUGGUGGAGGCGGUGGCGGUGGCAACUCUGGCAUGAUGAAAGCUCCCGGAGGUGGAGGAGCCUACAUAUCUAGACCUGGAUUUGAGAGUGAUCCCAAAGGCUACUUUUCUGGACUUCAUUCCAAUCCAAAGGGGAACCAUACAGAUCAAAUGCCAGGAAAAGGGGGUGGUGGAGGCGGCAAAGGAGGAGGCGGCGGCGGUGGUAAGGGAGGUGGAGGAAAAGGCGGUGGUGGUGGGGGCAAAGGAGGGGGUAAAAGUGGUGGUUCAGGAAAAGGAAGUGGGGGGGGAGGGUCAGGGAUGAUGAAGGCGCCGGGAGGAGAGGGAGCAUACAUUUCGAGGGGUGGGUUUGAAAGCAACCCUCAAGGGUAUUUUGCUGGACUGCAUGCUGCAGACAAGGCAUCCAAAUGACUAGCAAUCAGUUCUGGAACUCUGAAUUUGCCUUGUAAAAUAUAUAAGUACAUAUAUGGGGUUAGGUAGUCGCUUUGCUUCUUGUGCUAUAGCUAGUAAUGUUCGUUCUCCAUCUUUUGUGUUCAAACGCAGACGUUGUCUUUGCAAUCAAUGUUUUUUCUUAAUAAAACUUUGUUAAUUUCUGGCGUGAAAA